UGCAAACCCGGCUGUCUUGUCUGAACGCGUGCGUCCCUGCGUUCGCUCGCUCGCUCGCCUCACCUUGCCCCGGGUGGGGUUGACCUCUUCCCUCCUCCGCGCUGCGUCGGGGAAGAAGCAAGCAGGCUGCUGCUGGCGUUGGGUUGGUAGGAUUUAUACACCCAGACGUGGCCGCCUCCUUCCCGUCUCCGACUUUUGCCACAGACAGAGACAGCGCAGAGUUUCCGCCCGACGACCAGAGGAGCCAGGCAGGCAGACGAUAGGCAAAGCGCAAGCGCGGCGGUGCUCUGCUCGCUCCGGCGAACGUGCUUCCGCCUCCCGGGGCAAGGCUCCGAUCAGUGAGUCAGGCGGCCACCGUUGUUGUUGCCCCGUCCUCCGUGGACUGGCGCGUGGAUAGAAUGGACGCGGCGACGCGGCGGGCGCUGCUGCUCCUGCUGCUCGUGGCAGCCACCGUGCCGGCGGGGCUCUGCCAGACCAACCCGGACGAUGCCGCGGCGCUCCGGUCGGUGAUGAGCGCGUGGAGCAACUACCCGUCGAGCUGGAACUCCGGCGACCCCUGCGGCGCCCCGUGGGACGGGAUCAUGUGCAACGGCAACGGGAGGGUCACGUCGCUGCGGCUAUCCAGCGUCAACAUGCAGGGCACGCUCAGCGACAGCAUCGGGCAGCUCGGCCAGCUCAUGUUCCUGGACCUUUCGUUCAACAGUGGUCUCAGUGGCACGAUCCCCGCUUCGAUUGGGAACCUUGCGCAGCUUACGACGCUGAUCUUGGCUGGUUGCAGCUUCAGCGGAGACAUACCAAAAGAAAUAGGCAACCUCCUGCAGAUGACAUUCCUGGCGCUGAAUUCGAACAAGUUGACGGGCACAAUACCGCCUCAGCUUGGUCUACUCUCAAAACUCUUCUGGCUAGACCUGGCAGACAAUGCCAUCACAGGAACUGUCCCUAUCUCAACAGGAACGACACCGGGCCUUGACCUUCUUACCAACACGAAGCACUUCCAUUUCAACAAGAACCAGCUAUCUGGAACGCUUACAGGCCUCUUCAAGCCUAAUAUGACCCUCAUACACAUAUUGUUUGAUAGCAAUCAGUUCACAGGCCCAAUUCCGCGUGAGCUUGGAAGCAUUACCUCGCUCCAAGUACUCCGACUGGAUAGGAACCAAUUUGCGGGAGCAGUCCCUAACAUCACCAACUUGGUCAACCUAAAUGAGCUGAACUUGGCAACCAACAAGCUAACUGGAUCAGUGCCAAAUCUCAGCAGCAUGAACGUGUUAAAUGUUGUGGAUUUAAGCAACAACAGCUUUACCGCGUCCGCAAUACCAGCCUGGUUCACAAAUCUAACAAAUAUUUCUUCAAUAUCGAUGUCUUCUGCGAGGCUCACUGGCGAGGUCCCCCAGGAACUCUUCAAUUUGCCCCAGCUGCAUGAAGUUGUAAUGAGCAAAAACCAGUUGAGCGGAGUACUUACGAUGCCAGGCAGCAUCGGCACACAACUGCAAACCGUGGAUUUCCAAGAAAACGUCAUAGUUGAUGUCGCUGGCAUUUCAAACUACAAAAAGACACUGCUGCUUGCCAUGAAUCCAGUCUGCUCCGAUAAACCCACUGUAGCAUUCUGCACGGUCCAGAAACCGAACGUGAUAGCAUACAGCACUAGCAUGGCCAAAUGUAACUCGGCAAGUGGGUGCCAAAGUGGUCAGGGCCAGAACCCCGCAAACUGCGGCUGCGCCUAUUCGUACAAUGGCAAGAUGGUCUUCAGAGCGCCGUCCUUCAAGGAUGUGUCGGACACCGUUAGGUUUCAGCAACUGGAGGAAACCCUCUGGAGGCUACUGGGUCUGCGUGAAGGCGCGGUUUUCCUGAGCCGUGUCCACUUCAACGAGGACAACUACCUCCAAGUUCAAGUGAGUCUGUUCCCGUCAACGGGGACGCUCUUCAACGUGUCUGAAGUGAGCCGUAUUGGGUUUCUUCUCAGCAACCAGACCUACAAGCCACCGCCAGUAUUCGGGCCUUACUUCUUCAUUGCAGAUCAAUAUGUCCCCUUUAUAGUUGCUGGUGGCAAAAAAUCGAAGUUCAGUACAGGUGCUGUUGCUGGAAUUGCAGUGGCCGGUGGGGUUCUUGUGAUCGCCCUCAUUUUGGUGGGACUAUUCGCUUUGCGACAGAAGAGAAGAAACAAGGAACUAAAAGAACGAAGCACCGACCCUUUUGCUUCGUGGGGCGCGGCGCAGAAAGACAGCGGAGGAGCUCCACAGCUGAAAGGAGCGAGGUUCUUCUCCUUCGAGGAGCUGAAAAGCUGCACGGACAACUUUGCAGAUAGCCAUGAGAUAGGUGCAGGAGGCUAUGGAAAGGUGUACAAGGGAACACUCGUGGACGGAAUACGGGUGGCGAUAAAGCGGGCGCAGUCCGGGUCGAUGCAGGGCGCGCCGGAGUUCAAGAACGAGAUCGAGCUGCUGUCCCGGGUUCACCACAGGAACCUGGUGAGCCUGAUCGGCUUCUGCUUCCAGCAAGGGGAGCAGAUGCUGGUUUACGAGUUCGUCGCCGGUGGGACGCUGAGGGAGAACCUUGUUGUUAGAGGGACGUACUUGGGCUGGAAGAAGAGGCUGAGGAUCGCGCUCGGGUCGGCGAGGGGGCUGGCGUACCUUCAUGAGCUCGCCGACCCGCCGAUCAUCCACCGCGAUAUCAAGUCCACCAACAUCCUCCUCGAUGAGAACCUCAAGGCCAAGGUCGCCGACUUCGGGCUCUCCAAGCUCGUCGCCGACACCGAGAAGGGCCACGUCUCCACCCAAGUCAAAGGAACACUGGGAUAUUUGGACCCGGAGUACUACAUGACGCAGCAGCUGUCGGAGAAGAGCGACGUGUACAGCUUCGGCGUGGUGAUGCUGGAGCUGGUGAGCGGGAGGCAGCCGAUCGAGAAGGGGAAAUACGUGGUGCGGGAGGUGAGGCAGGCCAUCGACCCGGCCGACCGCGACUACUACGGCCUGCGCGCCAUCGUCGACCCGGCGAUCCGGGACGCCGCGCGGACGCCCGGGUUCCGGCGGUUCGUGCAGCUGGCGAUGCAGUGCGUGGACGAGUCCGCGGCGGCGCGGCCGACCAUGGGCACCGUCGUCAAGGAGGUGGAGGCCAUGCUGCUGAACGAGCCCGACGGCGAGGGGUCCAACUCGGCCGGGUCGUCGGCCACCGAGUUCGACGGCGCCGGCAGGGGCGCGCCCUCGCACCCGUACAGCGACGUGGAGAUCACCCGGUCGUCCUACGGCGGCGCCGGCGACGCGUCCGAUUACAUGCCCUACUUCGAGGUCAAGCCCAAAUAAUAGACGCAUUGUACAUUCAUUUUGGGGUAUAGAAAGUGUACAUUUUGUUCCUUCUCGUGUCAGCUUGUGACGAUUAAUUGUACAUUGAUUUUUUUGUACGUGUUGCGAGUGAUGUGACUUGUGAUGCAUCGUAUAGUAUUAGAUUCUUCUUUGUUCA